AUGACAAAUUAUGAGUUCUACCAAGCUGUGAAACCCUACAUCGAUGAUGAAGUGGUUGAGUAUACAGGCAUUGCCGUAACCGACGAUGGUCACGUCAUAAAUCUUCCAGGAGGUCCGAACAAUGAACUUGACGUGGAAUACCUCAUGGAGAAAAUGGGACUUUUGGACGACGGUGAAUCCGCCGACUCUGAAGAAGAAGACAGCACCCUAAACCCUCUACAGCGCUUAGGGGCUCGCGCAAGUUGUAGAUGCUGUAUGACUGUCGAAUACAAUCGUGGAAAAUUCACUUUGGAGUUCGUCCUUAACAAGCGUCGGAUGUACAGAAAUGCCGUCAACUUAAGGCGUGUCCCUCGGCUGUGUUACCGUGUACCCGGUCUGAAGUUAGCAUCGGUCUGCUUGGAACUGUAUGGAAUCGACAUUGCUCAGAGGAGACUCUGUGCAAAACUUGUUGGCACGGUGGACCUUAAGGUAAAAAAAUUCAGAGUGAACUUCAAACUUGGAUGCGUAAGUAUACCAAUCCUGAAGAACGCAGAGGGGCUUUAUUUGGGACAGGAUGGAGCUGAGAUGCAGAAUGAUUACCCCAUUAAUGAUGACGUUGCAGAUUUGGCUGGAAACGACGAUAUGAUGAGAUACGAAGCUGAUGACGUAGACAUGUCAUCUGAUGACGUCAAAAAGCCGGAAGAUAAACUGAUUGCUCUAUUCAUAACCGAGCUCUGGAAAUCUCUGACUAAUAUGGAUUAAUAAAGGACACUCAUAAUUCUAUUUAUAUAUGUAUAUUCACUGUUUUGAAACUAGUUUAAUAUAUAUGUAUGAAUGUAGACUUUUGUAAGAAGUAGACUGUUUAAUACACAUAUA